AUGGAGUGGUCUUGGUCUGUCAAGCCCACAAAUCACUUCUGUUUGGGAUGUAAAUUAGUUCCUCUCAAGGCAAUCUUGGACGAAAUGGCUGUGUUUAAUUUCGAUUGGGAGGUCAUCAAGUCAAAAUGUGACUGCGAAGUAUGGAAGAAGUAUUUUGCAUGCACGCAGUAUGCAAAGUUCGGCGGGUGGCUUUGGACCCCCUCGAAGUCUGAGUUGAAUAAAAAUGUGGAGCUGUUUAUAUACACACAGACCAGUGCACACAAGACCUCCCCGAAGAACACGAUGAAGAAGAAACAAGAACAACAGAAGAAGACAAAAGAUCAGGAACUCCGAGAAUAUCAAGUGAACCAAGACCAAACCAACCAGUACUUGGACAGCGGCCACAACCCGGCUUCAACCAAGAAACUUAUCCGCAAUGAGACAAACGAUUGGAAGGCAAGUUCUCUUUAUUUUCAUCUUGAAGCUUUCGAUAGUGAACUAAUCUCAGGAAAAUUUCAACUUCUACCACAAGAACAUGAUAAUCUUUUACUUCUAAAUCAAAAUCAAACAAAUGGAAACCUGCUAGAACCAGAGAACAAACUAGAAAAGACUUGGAAAUUCAAACAAUCGGACAUCAAAUCCUCAACCAACCUACACAUUUCACUGAAGAGCUUUAACCUCAACUUGAAAGAUACGAAUAGCGGAAUCGGCGGGCCGUAUAAGUUUGACUAUAACCGUAACGGAAACUUCUUGGCUCUGAUCGAUCAGAAGCAUCUGAGGGCGGUUAAAUGGCUACACAAUCAAUCUUUCCUCGCGAUCGCCCAAAAGAAAUACGUGUACAUCUACGAUGGCCACCAAGGAUCGGAGCUGCAUCAAUUACGGGGCCACGUCGAAGUGACUCAGAUGGAAUUCUUGCCCUACCACUUUCUACUAACAACCGUCGGACUACCAGGGUGGUUGAAGUAUCACGACACAAGUACUGGUCAAAUCGUUGCUCAACACGCCACGAAACUCGGUUCCUGUCAUACGAUGGCCCAAAACCCAUUCAAUUCAAUCAUCAAUCUCGGCCACCAAAACGGAACAGUGACACUCUGGAGUCCUUCCGUCAACCAACCCCUCGUCAAGUUUCUAGCUCAUCUCGGUCCCGUUACAAGUCUGUCGGUUGAUCCGUCCAGCUCUGGUAACUUGCUUACCACCACCGGCCUCGAUGGCAGCUUGAAAGUGUGGGAUGCUCGGAAUUGGAAAACGUUGACCUCAUGGACUCUGAAAAAACCGGCCAAGACGACGGCGUGGUCACAGAAAGGACUCUUGGCCGUUGGAUGGGGGGCACACGUUUCAGUUUACUCGGACAUCGGUAAAGCUGAUUCGAAGAAAGGCGCUUACAUGAACCAGCUGUUCCCAUCACAGGAAGUUGAACAAGUUCAAUUCUGUCCAUUCGAAGAUAUCCUUGGGGUUAGUCAUUCGUCUGGCUUCUCUCAGUUGAUUAUCCCCGGUUCAGGCGAAGCCCAUUUCGAUAGUUUGGAGGCCGAUCCAUUCGAAACCAAGACUCGGAAGAAAGAACGAGAAGUCCACAACCUGUUGGAUAAAAUACCCUUCGAACUGAUCAAUAUCAACCCGAACUUUGUGGGCUCGGUAGCCCCGAAACCCGAAACAACUCACCAACUCUUUCAAUCUACUUCAUCAAUCAAGGAUAAGAACAAUCAAACGGUCAUCGUCAACAAUCCGAACGCUAAUACCCCCUACAGGAAGCUAACACGUAUUCAAAAGCUGAAAUUGUCCGGAGUCGAUGCCCUCGAAGGUGACCAAGAAGAUGACGACCAAGAAGAUGAUCCUGAAGGUCCGAGCGACACCAAAACCGAAAAGGUAACCGAAAAGAAGAAAAUGAGGGGUAAAAACUCGACCCUCAAACGAUUCCUAAGGCGUAAAAAGCGACAAAAUGUUAUCACGCCCCAAACCGAAGCAUUGAAGGCUAAGCUCUCUCAAAGAAAACAGCUCCAUAUCCAACAACAAAAACAGAAGGCCGCGCAAAAAGGCGAUACAGGCGGGGGAGCAUUGAGCAGAUUCUCUUAG